AUGCGAGUGAUAUCAAUAAUACGGCCGCCGACGAGCAGGGACAAUUUUUCCGACCACGAGCACCGUGUAUUCACCGAGCUAAUCGGAGCUAGCAAUCAACUAAUGAUCCCGCUCAACCCGAUGCAUGGUCAAUUUAAUUGUGUUGGCGAUCUUAAGCGUAUGAACUGUUAUACACUGGAGCGUGAGAUCGGAAAUGUGACCUCGUUUUGUCGACGACUGCCCUAUUUUAAUCACCUUUGCCAGAAUGACCAGUUGGCGUUGAUCAAGUACGGCGCUGUGGAGAUUAUCAAUAUGCGCUCGGUUCUUUAUUUUGACCAGCAUGAGCAUUAUUGGAAUAUAUUCAUUGUGAGUAGUAGCUGA